UUUCGAAUCUUUUACUUCUCUAUUAUCUUGAAAUUCCCACCUCGAAUCGACUGAAGAUGACCACGACGAAAAAGAAAUCGUAUCGUGAAACGGUUUUACCUGAGGAUCUAAGGAAUAUUACUGGCCACCAGAGUACAAGUCGAAAACUUGAUACAAGGGAGCAUACAAAAUACCUCAAAGGGCAUCUUGGUAGCUCUCAUCGCUUUGGUAUCCCGAUCCACCCCCAUAGGAGAUGCGAUUCUACGGAUGUGAAAGAAGAAACAGAUACAAAAAUCAAGUACCACAAGUCAUAUUAUGUUGACCAAGCGGGUUCCGGUGUUAUAGCACUGAGAGAUGUUGGCGAAUUUCCGACAUUCUUGGUAAAGCAGCGUCGGAUACCAGAGGCAUGGACAUUUCGCAAAGCCUGUCAUGACAAUCUGGUAUCAUUGCUGGACUUCUACACCGAAUCGAACUCAAUCUUUUUAGCCUAUGAGUACAUACAUUUAGCAAUCUCCCUCGACUGUCUGGCAGGUAUUGUUGACAUGAGCGAAGCAGAUAUUGCCACAGUCUGCAGAGAAAUUCUGAAUGGCCUUGUCUAUAUUCAUUCUGAGCUCAGGAUAUCUCAUGGCUCAAUUGACUGUAGCAAUAUCUUGCUUAAUGAAAAGGGGGAGGUGAAACUAGCAAACAUCGGAGAUAGUAUGAUCCAUGAAAAUGCACUAAGUGACUGGAAAGAGGAUAUAGCGGCUAUUGGCUUUAUUGUGAUUUGCAUGAACAAUAGUACAUCAUUGAUAUCAGGAGCUGCUCUUGAGGACACUACACUUUCUGGGUCAGCUCUCAAAUUUGUUGGAAACACGAAAGAAAAAACUGCGAAGGAACUUUUGGAUGAUGAAUUUCUAUGUUUAGCAAACCCAGGCGGUUCAUGGAGCCUAAAACGACAUUAUUUCGAUGUACUCCCGUUAAGUAUCAGGUUUGGAAAGCGAGCUCGGGAAAAGUCAUGAGUCACUUGUGGUUUUGAGCCACAAAGCCAUUAAUAGGUUUAAGAUAAAUAUUUUAAAGCAUCUGUGCUUGAG